AUGAAUUUCUCCUUGAAGUAAUUAAGAAAUAUCCUGAAAAAAUUAUUAUCUAGAUGUAAUAUAUAAAAUAAUAACAUCUCAAAAAUUAAAAGUAUUAAAAUAUCAAAUGAUGACUUUAAAAAUAAUUUAUCAAAUUAAAAAUAAAUAAUUGAAUUUUUAUUAUUCAAGUUAAAUAUUGAAGAAUUAAUAAAUGAUUCUGAAAGGUAAGAUUUAUAAUUAAUUGAGAAGCAUUUCGGAGAAUUGUUCAUUGAAUAAUCUUCUCUACCUUUACAUGUAGAAAAACUAGAUUAAAUUAUUGAAGGAUUAUAAAUUGAUGAUACAAUAAAUAAAAUAACUAAUGAAAAUUUUAAUCAAAAACAAUUGAAAUUAGAGGAAGAUAAGUUCUAGAAUUUUUUGAAUUAAUUGAUAUUAAUUAGAGAAUCUAGUUAGGAUUCAAAUUAAUAGAUAAUUGAAAUAGAAAUAUUAAUUAAAAAAGCAGAAGUGGUUGUUGAAACAUUUCUAAAUUGCGAAAAUCAAAAUAUAGAAAUUUUUAAAAUACCAUUAUGUGAGGAGAUAUGUGAUUUACAAAAAAUAAUUGAAAAUUGCAAGAAAAAUAAAGAUAAGUAAGAUAAUGAAAAAUAAAAUAUUUAUCACGAAAGUCAUUUAAAUAAAUUAAAUAUAUUAAAUAAUACAAGUGAUUUAGAUUAAUUUGUUAAAAAAGAUCAAAUCGAUGAUAUUUAUUAUCAAAAACUUAAGAAAUUUAACAAUUACUUUGAUGAAAAAUAUAUUACAAAUUUAAAAUUUAUAAUUAAAAUUGUAAAACUAUAUUAAAUUAAAAUAAAAGAAGAAAAAUAAGUUUUACAUGAAUUGCUUGAAGAAAUUCAAAAAUUUACUAGCAAAAUUGAUUUUAUGAAAAAAUAUGAAGGAACUAUUUAUAACAAAAUGCAACAAAGUUUUAUUGCUUGCUUUGAAAAAAUGAUCAAUAAUUUUGAAUAAAAGUAUUGGCCAAUAAAUAGUAUAUCAUUACAAAAAAAUGAAAAUUAAUAAAUAUACUUUGAAAGAAUAUUUGCAAAUUUUUAUUCAAUAAUUAAUGAAUAUGAAAAAAUAAAAAAUUUGACUGAUGAUUUAAAAUAUCCUGCUCUGUGUUCAUAAAUUGAUCAAGGUGCUAUUCAGAAAUUAGAGGCUAAAUUUUAAGGUAAAGCAAGAGAGAAAAGUUUCAGAUCACAACAAAUUUAAAUUAAAUAAGAAAUUCUUAUAUAAACAGUAUCUAAAAUAUAUUUGAUACACAAUUUAGAAUAAGAAUUUGAAAAAGACCCUAACCAAUAAAUAGGCUUAUUUAAAACUUUGAUACAAAAAUAUAAAGAUUUAAAAAAUAAUGAUGAAUGGAAGAUUAAAUAAGGAUUAGUUUUUUCAAUCAUAUCGAUUUCAUCCAAUUGUUUCACAGAUACCAUUAUUUAGUUCUGCUAAAAGGCCCUUAUUUAAAUAUGGAUUUAAGAAAAAGAUGAAAGAAUUAGAAAUUUGUUAAAAAAUUAAAACUUAAUAACUAGUUAAAUCUAAAUUUUAAAGAAAGAUUGGAAGACAUAAUGUGAUAGAAUUUCAGGAGAAAUGUAAUAAUUGCUUCAUAAAAUUGAUGAUUUGUAAGAAUAAAUUUCUCAUGAGUAUAAUCUAAAAAAACGAGAUUAAUAACUUUAAGAAGUAGAUGAAACAACUUAAUAAUUGAAUGAAUAUAUUGAAAAUAUUAGCGAAAUGGGUUAACAACUUGAUUUGAUUCAUAAUUUUGUAAGCAAUAUCAGAUAGGGAUUAAAAAGAAUAGAGGGAAAAAUAAAUUAGAUAAAAAUGUAAUUGAAUAAUAUGGAUAAUGACAUUAAAUUUUUGAGAGGAAAAUCAGUUGAAUAACUGCUUGAAAUUAGAAAAUGGAAAGUAUUGGACGAAGCAGCAUAUAAAAAAAUUAAGUCUAUCUAUGUUCCAUUAAAAACUUAAGAGAAAAUGAAAGAGAAUAUAAAAAAUUUGAUGAGUUUAGAAGAAUUUGAUAAUAAAGUUGGAGCAGUGGAUGAGUUUUUAUAAUAAGAGAAAACAGUGUUGUUAAUUCAUGGUAUGGCUGGAUCAGGUAAAACUACUGCAGCAAAAAAAAUAGAAGAGUUAAUUUGGAAAUUACAUGAAAAUAAUAGAAAAAUCAAUAAGCUAUAGCUCAUACCAAUAUAUAUUUUAUUGCCUUCUUUGAAAAAUCCUGUUUUUUCAGCUGUUGAGGAGGCACUUUAAAAUGAUUAUGGUUUUGACCAGCUCUAAUUGAAGGAAUGUAAAGAAAUGCUGGAGAAGAAAUAAUUCAGAUUUUUAUUAAUAAUGGAUAGUUAUGAUGAGAUGAAGUUAGAGAACAUAUAAAAAAAUUUAUACAUAAAUAAUAAAAUUAAUUAGAAUUGGACUAACCCACUUGUUAUUUUUACCACAAGAAGUGAAAUUCUUACAAAUAGUAAUUAUGCAUAAUGGUUUGCACCUGAUGAUUAAGAAAAAUUGAAAGAAAUCUAGAUUCUAAAAUUUGACUAAGUGUAAAAGCAAGAAUAUCUUUAAAAAUACACGAUUUAAAGUAUAAAAAUGUUGAUUUUUGAAAUAUAUGAAUGGUAAAUUCAAGUUUAAAACAGAGAAGUUAUUGAUAUCAAUAAGUUUGAAAUGUGUUGGGAAAAAUUAUAGUCAUCAAUUUUGAAAUACGAUUUAUCAAUGUCGAAAUCUGAAACUCUUUUAAAUCAAAAAUAAAUAGAAAGCAUUUUAUUAUAUUUGAAUGAUGAUGAAUUCAUUGCUUUAAAAAGUAAUGAAGCUAUAAGAAGCCUUAGGAUAAAUUUACAAAAACUAUGGAGCGUUGAAAAAUAUGACAAUAUGAUGUAGCAGAUGAAUUUAAAUAAAUUUAUGGAAACUCCUUAUAUGAUGGAAAUUAUAGUAUAAGUGUUGCCAGAAAUGAUGGUGAAAGCGGCUGAGAUAGUUAAUUUAAAAUAAAAUUUCAUAAAGAAUUUUUCAAAAAUGUUUAAAGAUUUCUUCAAAAGCAAAAGUAUGAUUCAUUUAUAUAAUUAACAAAAGAAAAAUUAUCUAAUAAAAGUAAGUAAUGAAGUUGAAAAAGAAACUUGCCAAGAAAAUUUUUUUGAUUAGAACAAAAAAUGGGAAGUUUUAUAGGUUCAAGAUUGUUUUGACUCUACUUCAACAGGUUUGUAAAUUUGGGAAAAAAUUGAUAAUCUUUAGAUUGCUCUAGAGGUUUGGAAUAGGAUGGAAGAAAAUUCAAUUCCUAGUUAAUUAUAGAUUUCUAGUGAAUUCAACGAACUAAGUUAAAAACUUUUAUAGAUUUUUAAACUUAAUCGAGGGCUACCAAUUAAUGAAUUAAAUAAAGUUGAAAUUAAAAAGGAAAAUCUAAUUUAAUUAGUUUUUGAUGCCUUAAAAGAAUAAAAUCUCACAAAUUAUGAUUUUUAUGAUGAGUUUAUUAAUAUGUACCAUUUGAAACAAAUUGAAAAAUAGAGAAGCUUAAGAAAAUCUAUAAAUAUUGAUCGAUUUCUUCAUGAUUUAAAAUAAUAUUCAAUUAAACUUGCAAAAACAAUGAGCAAAAAAUUAGUGACUUAAGUCUAAUAUUAAUAAUAAGGUUUAUUAUAUAAGGAUGAAAGAGAAGAAGAAAAAUGGCUAAAUGAAUUUUUUAAUGAUGAUGGGUAAUACGGAUCAUAUAAAAAGGAUAUAAGAAGUUGCUCAUUGAUCUAAUAAAAAGGUACAAACUUUUAAUUUGUCCAUAAAUCUAUAUAAGAGUUCUUAAUUGCAGCCGAUUUAUACGAAGUACUAGUUUUAUCAAAAGAUUUUGAUAUUAAAAUAUUCAGAUCGAUAAUUGAAAUUUUGACAAAAUAAAGAUACAAAGAAUAAAAUUGUGAAGAAUUCCUAUCAUCUCAAGAGCAUUUCGAAAUUUAUAUAAAUGUAGAUAAUUUAUCACUUUUUGAAAGGCAAUAAAAAUUUAAUACUUGGUAAAAGAGCAUUAUGUCAAUUAUAAAUCUAAUCAAAAUACUAAAAUAACAUGAUUUUAAUCAGAUUAAUUAUUCCACUGAAAUUUAUACAGAAACAAGAAAAUUUUUGAUUAAAAAAAUUUCAUCAGAGAUUAAGAUUAUAGAAUUUUUAAAAUUAAUUGUUCAUCUAACUUCUUUAGAUAAAAAUUUAAUAUAGAGUGGGUCUAAUUCACUCAAUAUACUAGUCGAAAUAAAAGUUGAUCUUACAAACUAGUUUUUUCUUAAUAUAAGGAUUUAAAAUACUUCUUUAAUCGGAGGUAAUUUUGCAAAAUGCAAUCUAAGUGGAGCUGAAUUUUAAAAUAUAAAUAUAAAUGGAAUGAAUUUAAAUGGAGCUUAAUUAAUUGAUUGUAAAUGGAAAAAUUUAAGAAUUAAUGAUUUACAUUAAUUAAAUGGUCAUGAUGGGCCUGUUAAUUCAUUAUGCUUCUCUCCUGAUGGUAUUAUAUUGGCAUCUGGUAGCAUGGAUUAAUCUAUUCGUUUAUGGGAUGUUGGAACAGGAUAGCAAUAAUCCAUAUUGGAAGGACAUAGCAAUUCAGUUUAGUCAGUAUGCUUUUCUCCUGAUGGUAGUGUGUUAGCAUCUGGUAGUGAUGAUAAGACUAUUCGUUUAUGGAAUUUUAAAACAGGAAAAUAAAUAUUAUAAUUAAAUGGUCAUCAUGCAGAAGUCCUAUCUGUUUGCUUCUCUGCUGAUGGUAGUACAUUAGCAUCUGGUGAUGGUGAUAAGACAAUUCGUUUAUGGGAUAUUAAAAAUGGACAUUAAAAAUCUAAUUUAGAAGGUCAUAGUAAUAAUGUCACAUCAGUAUGCUUCUCUCCAGAUGGUACUAACUUAGCAUCUGCUAGUUGGGAUAAUACUAUCCGUUUGUGGGAUGUUAAGUCUGGACAACAAAUGUUAAAAUUUGAUGGACAUAUUAGUUACAUCUCAUCAAUUUGCUUCUCCCCUGAUGGUACUACAUUAGCAUCUGGUAGUAAUGAUAAGUCAAUUUGUUUAUGGGAUAUUAAAACAGGACAAUAAAAAUCUAAAUUACAAGGGCAUAGUUAUGGGGUCUAUUCAAUAUGUUUCUCCCUUGACGGUACUACAUUGGCAUCUGGUAGCGAUGAUAAUUCUAUCCGUUUAUGGGAUGUAAAAACAGGAUAACAAAAAUCUAAAUUGGAUGGCCAUACUAAUGCAAUUCUAUCAGUCAGCUUCUCUCCUGAUGGAAUAAAAUUAGCAUCUGCUUGUUGGGAUAAUUCUAUCCGUUUGUGGGAUGUUAAGACAGAACAAUAAAAAACUUAAUUAGAAGGACAUAGUAGUUUUGUAUCAUCAGUAUGUUUUUCUCCUGAUGGCACCACGUUGGCAUCUGGCAGCAAUGAUAGCUCUAUUCGCUUAUGGGAUGUAAAAACAGGAUAACAAAAAUCUAAAUUGGAUGGACAUAGUAAUGCAGUUCUAUCAGUCUGCUUCUCUCCCGAUGGUACUACAUUAGCAUCUGGUAGUAAUGAUAAGUCAAUUCGUUUAUGGGAUAUUAAGACAGGAUAAUCAAUGUUAAAAUUAGAUGGACAUAAUUUUGCGGUUUAUUCAAUAUGCUUCUCUCCUGAUUGCACUAUGUUAUCAUCUGGAAGUGAUGAUAGCUCUAUUCGCUUAUGGGAUGUAAAGACAGGAUUACAAAAAUUAAAAUUAGAUGGACAUACUAAUGCAGUUCUAUCAGUUUGCUUCUCUCCUGAUGGUACUAUUUUAGCAUUUGGGAGCGAUGAUAAUUCUAUUAGUUUAUGGGAUGUUAAGACAGAAUAAUUACAACUUAAAUUAGAAGGUCAUAAUGGUUGGGUUUAAUCUGUAUGCUUCUCUCCUGAUGGUAGGAUAUUAGGAUCUUGUAGUGGAGAUAAGUCUAUCCGUUUAUGGGAUGUUAAGACAGGAAUAUAAAAAUCUUUAUUAAAUGGUCAUACUCAUCAUGUUUAAUCAAUAUGCUUCUCUCCUGAUGGCACUACAUUAGCAUCUGGUAGUAAUGAUUGCUCUAUUCUUUUAUGGGAUGUUGAGACAGGAAAGUAAAAGUCAAAAUUAGAUGGCCAUACUCAUUACGUUCAAUCAGUUUGUUUCUCUCCUGAUGGUACUUUGUUAGCGUCUGGAAGUUGUGAUUAAUCUAUCCGUUUAUGGGAAGUUAAGAAAGGAUAAAUAAUUAACCCCUUGGAGGAAAAUUAUAAAGAUAAUUUUGCAAAAUUUUUCAAACCCCUUUAACAUAUUUCAUUUUCCGAAGACGGUAAAAUUAUUUUUGUUAUUUAGUAAACAAUAAUAUAACUAUUCAACAUAUAUCUCAAUAACCAAUCUUUUAAGCAAAAGGAGCUUUAAUCUUGAAUGGAGAAUUUACAAAUCAUUUAGGCAUGGAUUUACGAAAACUAUUUGAAUAAAGAGGAAGUUUUAUUUUAGAAACAUACCUAGAAUAACAAAAAAAUAAAAAUAAAAAUUGA